UCAACCAUGACACUGUUGGCCUCCGAGAGGUCGCUCCUCAUCCGUAACAAGUUCCGCUCAGUCCUGCAGUUGAGGAUUCAGAACCGAAGGCAGAGUGAGAUCAAUGCAGACCCUGGGUUGAAAUCUACCAGUCCCUCUCAGAAAACAGAGAAAGACCAGAGUGAAGCUCUGCGUCUAACUGAUGAUGGUGCCACUCAGAAGUUGCCCCCUAGUGGUCUGAACACUGAAACUGCACAAGAGAGGAGUGUAUGCGGGGCCCAGAGGCAGAAGAAGACUUGCCAGGCACAGGACCUCAGUGAGAGGAUCCAACAUCCGCCUGGACCUGUGGAGCAAAAGCACGAACACACGCUGCCCCUGGAGAACCGUCCUGCCUCUUUCCCUCUGUCCACUGAUGUCUUCGAAGAUGACAUCUCCUCCUGCUCUUCCUCAUCGCCCCCUGAGCAACAUGGCGUUCACCAAUCACCAGCCUUCCGUUCACUGCCAGGGCUCUCAGGUGACCAAUUACUGAGUGACUUCUCAGCUGUGGGCCCACCCCUUAACCACAGCCCCAGUCAUGCUCAGUCUGGUUUGGCGUUGCUCCCGGCAACCGAGGGCAUCAGACAACCAAUGACUGUAACACUGAGUGAAUCAAACUCCAUGGCAACAACUGGGAGACCAAAUGGGAUCUAUCUGACCUCUCAGACCACACCCCUGCUGCCAAAGACAGCACGGCCUCCCAGCCCCACUUGUUCCUCCUCACUGCCAUCCUCCCUCAACUUCAACCACCUCCCACGUCCACGGAAACCGCGGGACACCAAACCCAAGAUGAGGAAACUCAAGUAUCACCAGUACAUUCCUCCAGACCAGAGAGGAGGGUCUGGAACUGGAGGGGGAGGAGCUAAACAGAAGAGCCCUACCCCUACCCAGUCUUUAGACCCAGCCUAUUCCCAUCUUCUGAAGCAGCAGCAGGUCUUCCUCCAGCUGCAGAUCCUCCAGAACCAGCAGCAGCAACAACAGCAACAACUACAACCCCAACAACAGCUCACUGUUGUACCCAGUGGAGAUCACGCUGAUCUUGUGAAGUCCUCUGGAGCCAUGCCCCUGAACCCCCAACCUGUUCCUGCUACAACAAACCACACGCCUAUGGACACAAACUCCACAUCUAAGCCUGAGCUUCUCCCAGCCAAUCUUGUUGAUCUAACAGUGUCAGAGUUACGGCAACAGCUGCGUAAGCGUGGACUCCCCGUCUCCGGCACUAAGCCUGCCCUGUUGCAGCGUCUCCGACCCUUCCAGCUCCCCCAUUCUUGUCUCACUCCUGCACCUCUUUGCCAGCUGGGGACCAGUAUGGAGCCCCUCGCUCCCAGCCCCCAGUUGCCACCCAACCAGAGUCCCAGCUUAAGCUCCAGCUCUGGACCAGACUCGCCCAGCAGCAGCCCUAACCAACAGAUGUACAUGCAGGACAGGGGAAUUCCUAAUGGGAUUCUCAGCGAAGUCCCAAAUGGGAUCCUUAGUGCUGUCUCGAAUGGUUUCUCAAAUGCUGCAUCAGUCAGUUUGACAGGUGAACAAUGUGGUCUUACCAACACUGUCUUCCUGGCUCCGGCAAGCACCGCCUCAGGAACUCCAAGUCCUAGUCUACCCAUGUCGUCUUCUUCACCCCUGCAAUGUGGUACUCUCUGGAGGACUGACAACGAGCAGCAGCAGCAACAGCAGCAGCAGGAACUGAGCGUGGAGCUGGAGAUGAGGGAGAGGAUAAGGAGCAGGCCCAGGGAACGCUCUGCUAACACUGGCAAUGAGUCUUGUGGAGGAUCCCUUCAUCCAUUCCUGCAACAGGAUUCAGGAUGCUCUAGAGGGAAGACAGAAACAGACACACAGACAGAGGUGUUGUUUACACAGGUGUUUUGCUGCCAACCAUGUGAUGUGAUCGGCCAGGACUUUGAACUGCCAGUGCAGAUUACAGCAAGUCCUGUUCAGGCCUUGCCUGGAGCUCGCAGCUUGGAGGAAGAACUACAAGAGGCCAUCCAGAAAGCACAGAUGGACCCCCGGCAGUCCAUAGAUGAUAUUCUGGAUGACCCUUUUACUUGCGCCCGCUCCAUCAAUGUCUCUGAUAAAUCCCUUGCCCACUCAGACCCCAGCCCUUCUCCUCCCCCUCAAGCCAAUCAACAACACCCCAAGGAUGACAACUUUCUGCCCUCGCCUCUUUGCUCCUCUCUCUUACUGGAGCUCCCUCCAUCUCCUGCUGUAAUAACCACAAGCCAGGUGAUCCCUGCUCCUCCACCACCUCCAAUCUGCACCUCCCCUCUGUUAUCCACUGGAAAGUCACGGAAACGACGGGCUCCAACUCAGUUUGAUGCUGCUGACUGGCUUGAAACGCUGACAUCUGGCCUGCACCCACUUACCCCACCCACAGCUCCAUUCGUUGAGACAGACUUCAGUCUGGAUCUGAAUGCUACCAUUGCUAAUCGAGUGUUGGAUCUAAUGAUAGAGCAGUGGUGAGAACUUGUGUGUGCAUAUUUGUUUGUAACUCUCUAUGUACAGAAGGUGAUUGUUGUAGUUUUUGAUUGUCAUGAAUGGGGAAGACUGUAUGAAUCCCACUGAGGGCACAAGAUUGUGAA